AAGCGACCCAGACGACGCCAGCGACAUCUGGUGCGUCAGUUGUGAACUAAAUUGGUUAAAAUAUUAUUACGGAGGCUAUUUAUAAACUAUAUAAGAUUAGAUUAAUCUAAUCUAACCUAAUCUUUGCUUUUGAGUUAAAUCAAAGAUUAGGGUUAUAUUUUUGUUUGUAAACGUGCUGUGCAAAGAUUAGUGUUGUGGUUAUUAAGCACACGUGUUAUUGAACCUGUUUAUCAAAGAUUAAUAUUAAUUUGCUGUUCUUGUCAAGAUGAGUCGUGGUUCAUAUUGUAUGGUAUUAACCUGCUCGAACAAUAAACUUAAAAACCCAAAGCUCGCGUUUUUUACAUUACCGAAGGACAUGAAAAUUGCCAAAAGUUGGAUCGAAUUCUCUGGACGCAAAGAUCUUGACCUGGGUGCUUCGAAAGACUAUAGAAUGUGUAGUGAGCAUUUUACAGAAAACCAAUUCAAAUGUAUAUAUCCACGGAUAUUGCUUGGGCGUGGAAGUAUUCCUCAUGUGAAUGGACCUAAAUCAGAUGUUCUUCCUCAAUCAGAGUCUAAGAUGAUCAUCCAUGAAGAAACUGUUCAAACGGAUCAAAACGUAGCUCUAUCUAAUAUUGAAAGAUUCUGCGUUUGCUGUGAACAAAUAUUAUCAUUUGAUAAUUUUUGAAAAGAGGACACAUGAAUGCAAAUCAUAUUUGUAA